AUGAUAACAACAUUAGGAAUCCCAUUUACAGAUUUUUAAGAACAAGCCAAAAAUCUACCAAUCUUAGUCAACUUUGAAUCCAAAUGCUUUCUGAUUGAUCAUAAAUAUGUAUUGCCAUUUUUACGCAGCUCCCCAUAGAUUAAAGAUUUAUUCUUGAACUCAAUACAGCCACUUAACUUAAUCAAAAGUAAAUACAAGUCAAGGCCCAAUUAAUAUACAAUACUUAUAUCAAUAUUCCUUAAUUCUAUUUCACAUUAUAAGAUUGCGAAUGUAAACCAUCCUAUGAUUUCAUUAGCUUCUGAUUACCUACCUAUACAUGAAUAUAUCUAAGAUGAAGCCGAAUAAUAGAACUUCAUAAAAGAUUCAAAGAUUAAUCCAGCCACAGGAAUUGCUAUGAUAACAAUGCAUAAUUGCUUAUUAUCUGAAUUCAUUCAUUUUGUUAGUGAAGGGAAAACUUUCCUAUUGACUUUGAUUUCUUAUUACUUUUCUAAACUGCACAUAUAUAUUAAAAAGUCAGAAUAUCAGGAAUGA